CAUUGUGGGGCCCUCCUCCCAAGGGCUAGCAGGUUCCUUCUGAACCUGUAGGGCGCUGCCCCAGUCUAGCCACCAUGGCGCAUGGUUUCUCCGUGGGCUUCGACCCACUGGGCCUCGGAGACCUAAGCUCCGGCUCUCUGAGCUCCCUCUCCUCCCGAGGCCACCUGGGAAGCGAGUCGGGCUCCGCAACGCGAUACCUGCUGAGAAAGCAACGGCGGCUGCUGAAUGGGCCCCCCCGCGGAAUCCGAGCCUCAUCGCCCAUGGGCCGAGUCAUCCUCAUCAACUCCCCCAUCGAAGCCAACAGUGAUGAAAGCGACAUCAUCCAUGCAGUUCGAGUGGAGAAGAGUCCAGCUGGGAGGCUGGGGUUCAGUGUGCGGGGCGGCUCUGAGCACGGCCUGGGCAUCUUUGUCAGCAAAGUGGAGGAGGGGAGCAGUGCAGAGCGGGCUGGCCUGUGCGUGGGGGACAAGAUCACCGAGGUGAAUGGGCUGAGCCUGGAGAGCACCACGAUGGGCAGUGCUGUGAAGGUGCUGACGGGCAGCAGCCGCCUGCACAUGAUGGUGAGGCGCAUGGGUCGUGUGCCGGGCAUCAAGUUCUCCAAGGAGAAGACUACCUGGGUGGAUGUGGUCAAUCGGCGGCUGGUGGUGGAGAAGUGCAGCUCAAUGCCCUCCGACAGCAGCUCGGAAGACAGCGCACGGCGUAUCGUCCACCUCUACACAACCUCCGACGACUUCUGCCUGGGCUUCAACAUCCGCGGGGGCAAGGAGUUUGGCCUGGGCAUCUACGUGUCCAAAGUGGACCACGGUGGACUGGCCGAGGAGAACGGCAUCAAGGUGGGGGACCAAGUCCUGGCGGCCAACGGUGUCAGGUUCGACGACAUCAGCCACAGCCAGGCCGUGGAGGUGCUGAAGGGCCAAACACACAUCAUGUUGACCAUCAAGGAAACUGGCCGGUACCCUGCAUACAAGGAGAUGGUUUCUGAAUACUGUUGGCUGGACCGACUGAGCAACGGGGUGCUGCAGCAGCUGUCCCCUGCCUCGGAAAGCAGCUCCAGCGUCUCCUCGUUCGCCUCCAGUGCCCCCUACAGCUCCGCCGAGGGCUCGGGCUCCCUGCCUUCGGACCGCAUGGAUGUCUGCCUGGGGCCUGAGGAGCCGGGCAGUUGGGGCCCAGGAUGGGGGCGGGCGGACACGGCCAUGCAGACGGAGCCAGACGCGGGGGGCCACGUGGAGACCUGGUGCAGCGUGCGGCCCACAGUCAUCCUCAGGGACACAGCCAUCCGCUCCGAUGGCCCCCCACCCACCCGCCGCCUUGGCUCUGCGCUCUCUGAGUCCCCCAAGACUGCUCUGCUGCUGGCCCUCAGCCGACCCCGGCCCCCCAUCACCCGCUCCCAGAGCCACCUGACCUUGUGGGAGGAGAAGCAGCAGCGGAGGAAGGAGAAGUCGGGGUCCCCUGGGGAGAAGGGGGCCCUGCAGCGCUCCAAGACCCUGAUGAACCUCUUCUUCAAGGGAGGGCGGCAGGGGCGGCUGGCGGGGGAUGGGCGCAGAGAGGCUUGGACGCUGGACAGCAGGAGCCCGGCCAAGCCCCGCCCCAACCUGGACCUGGAGAAAGCCCCCAGAGCCCUGCUCUCUCCUGAUUCUCCUUCCACUUCUCUGGGCACUCCUCUCUUCCUUCAAAGGCUCCUCUUUUCCUCUUUGUUCCCUGAAGCAGGGGGAGUGGGGCCCGUGCAGAAGUUUGUCACCUGGAGGCUGAGACGUGACCGGGAGAGGGGCCGGGCUCUGCUCUCUGCCAGGUCCCGGAGCCCCUCCAGCCAGCUGCCCGAUGUGGAUGAGCGGGUGCAGGCCUGGGCGAGCCGACGGCCCCUGAUUGAGGACCUGGCCCGGCGGCUGCUGACUGACGACGAGGUGCUGGCUGUCACCCGCCAUUGCUCCCGGUACGUGCAUGAGGGUGGAGUGGAGGACCUGGUGAGGCCCCUGCUGGCCAUUCUGGACAGGCCCGCGAAGCUGCUGCUGCUGAGGGACAUCAGGAGUGUGGUGGCCCCCACAGACCUGGGUCGCUUUGACAGCAUGGUGAUGCCUGUGGAGCUGGAGGCUUUUGAGGCCCUCAAGAGCCAGGCAGUUCGGCCUCCUGCCUUGCGACCAGCCCGGCAGGACACACCACCCAAGCGUCACCUCAUCACACCUGUGCCUGACAGUCGUGGAGGCUUCUACCUGCUUCCUGUGAACGGCUUCUCAGAGGAAGAAGAUGAUGGGGAGCUGAGGGAGCGGCUGGGGGGCCUCCAGGUCUCCCUGGGUGCCUCUGCCUCCCGCCACUCUCGUAAAGGGGUCCCCCCGCUCCAAGACGUGCCAGUAGAUGCCUUUGUCCCAUGCCGAAGCACCCGCACACCCCCUCCCCAGCCACCCCCUGUUGCUCCCCGGCCCCCGAGGCCUAACUGGCUGCUGACAGAACCCUUGACCCUAGAGGACCCUCGGCAGAGCUGGAGCCAGGGCCCAGCCCAGAGCCGCAGCCGCAGCCGCAGCCGCAGCCGGGGCAGAGGCAAGUCCCCCGGAAGCAGGCGUUCCCCAUCCCCAGCGCCUGUCCCCACUCUCAGCACAGCCAGUGGGCGCUACCUCAAGCCUCGGAAGGCCAGGCCCCCUCUGCCACGAUCUACAGACGGGCAGGUCAAGGCAGGGGGCAGUCAAGGGCCCUCUGAGAAUGGAACCAGCGGGACAGCCAAGGAGGCAGCCGUGAAGGGCCCUCGUGGGGAGCUGAGGACCAUCACUCUGUCCAAGAUGAAGCAGUCCUUGGGCAUCAGCAUUUCUGGGGGCAUUGAGUCCAAGGUGCAGCCCAUGGUGAAGAUAGAAAAGAUCUUCCCUGGGGGCGCCGCCUUCCUCAGUGGGGCCCUUCAGGCUGGCUACGAGCUUGUGGCAGUGGAUGGAGAGAGCCUGGAGCAGGUGACCCACCAGCGGGCAGUAGACACCAUCCGCCGGGCUUAUCGAAAUAAGGCUCGGGAGCCCAUGGAGCUUGUGGUCAGGGUCCCCGGGCCUGACCCACCGCCCUUGCCCUCUGACUCAUCAGCCCUCACUGAACAGUGGCUUCCUGCUGAACAUUCCCCUGCCCACUGACCCCUUGAUGGUACUCCAGCUACCUCCCACUGUCUCCCAGAACCUCCCAUCAGUGCCCUUCCCACCCAU